AUGCCACUUGCUGUUAUUCCAAUUCAACUUCCUGUGGAGGUUGCAUCGCUUCUUUCCACAAUUUAUGCUUCUACUGGUGAAUGUUAAGGCAUCAUCAAAACCCUCCAGCCAUUCAGAAAUGAAGUUUUGGAAGGGAUGAGAGUCAAAUCCAUCUAUUAUCCCUGGUGUUGCUGUUUCAUUUGGGUUUUGGUGGAGAAACCUUGCAGUAACCAUUUAUGUGGACUUCUGCUCCACAAUAUUGACGCUGAACAUAAUUAUGCCACUAAUAUGACACUGGUAAGGCUAAUUCACUUUUGUCCGAUUCGUUCAGGUAAGAUUCAUGUCCAGGUGCAUGGAGACGCCGGUAACACCGGCCACUCAUCAGCGUUCCCUUUACCUUUUAAGGUUCCUCUUCAUCAGUGGUGUCAUAUCAGCCUGGAGAUUCUGGGGCGUGUGGUGAACAUUUCUAUUGCAUGUAUGGAAGGACAGCAGAAAUUUGUUAGCACAGCUGAGCACAGAUUUGGUAAAAACAUCAUGUUGGAUGACACACAUGGCUAUUUUGUGAUUGGUGGAGGUAAAUUCAUACGAGGCAUUGAAGGAUAUUAUGCACCAGCUACAUACUAUCGUGUACAGGGGCUCCCAGCUGACCAGGCUCAGAUUCACCAUCCUCCUGUAAUAUCAAAAAUGAACAUAACCGGAUGGUUCCAGUCUUGAGAAUGCAAAAGCAUUUCAUUUUUUUCCAUCACCAACGGCUGUCUGAAUAACAUUUCAUCUUCUCCGCAGACUUUUGAGUUAAUACGUUUAAAUGAUGAAGAGACCCUGAAGGCCCAAACCAAUGAAAACGAUGAUCUGUUUCACUGGCUAAAGCUGCAGGCUAGAAGUGGAGUGGCUGAAGCCGAGCAAGCAAUGGGUCGUAUGUUAUUCUGGGGUCAGCAAAGAGUGUCUCCAGACAUUCAGACAGCAGUGAAACACUAUGAGAGAGGGACCACCAAACUCCAUGACCCUGUGUCCAUGUACAACUACGCCAUUGUGCUCCUUACGGGCCAAGGAGUUCCAAAAGAUGUUCAGAGAGCUGUGAUAUUCCUGAAGAAAGCAAUAGAUCAGGGCCUCUAUCCUGGACAACCUGCCGACCAGGUUAAGGCAUAUACUGGUAAGUACUAUUUAAAGUCAGCCCAGAGAGGACACUUACAUGGUGGCAUUGAACUGGCUGAUAUUUGGAUUCAUGGCCAAGUUGCCAGACGCCCCGCAGAUGCUGUUCUUUGGGUUAAAUGGGCAUCUGAACAGAAUGGAUAUCUGGGAACAGUCUUGAGGAACGGACUGAAUGCCUAUUUCAAAGGAGACUGGAUCAUGUCUUUGAUUUAUUAUCUGACUGCUGCAGAGAGUGGAUUUGAAGCAGCUCAGUUUAAUGCGGCGUACCUGUGUGAGCUCAACUCAGGUUGGUAUAAUCUUGGCCUGCUUGUCCAAAAUGGAGAGUCUCUGCCGUUUGGUGUGCUUUCUGAGCUCAAUUUGCUCCACCUUCACUUGACAGAGAGACAGAAGCUUCUCAGCACCCUGUACCAAAGAUGUGGAGAGACCAAUAGCACUGAUGCCUACCUGCCCUGCACACUGGCACUGUUCAGCGCACACCUGCAAUCUUUACAACUACAUCAGGAUACUGCCAUAAAGCUCAUUGCCACAGUUUCGGCAGCAGUUGGAACUCUGUCUUUUUCUUUUGUAUUCGGACUAAUUAAAUGGAGGACAAUGCCACUCCACGAAACAGCCCAAACAUCUGCUUCCAGCCAAACCCGAGGAGGAAUCAUAAAGAAAUCUACCACAUAA